AUGGAUAUCAGGAAUAUGAGAUGUGUUCUGCUACUGUGUUUUAUUUCACUAUCAGCGGCGUAUGAGGACGUGGAUGACAACUUUAUGACAAAAUUUGUUUUGGCCAAAGACAAAGCUUCGCUUGGUCAAUAUUUCAGCUGCCUGGUCGAUAAGGGACCUUGUGAUGAGUUCGCCCAGUCCGUCAAAAGUCACAUGUCUGAAGUAGUAACAAGUGGUUGUAACAAAUGCGACUACGCCCAGAAGCACGUCUCGCACUUCUUCAUCACCACUCUGAGGAGGGAUUUCCCGGAUCUAUAUGAGGCUUUCGAGAACAAGUACGACCCUGACAGAACUCUCUUGCCCCAAUUGGACGAAAACUUGAAGGAAUUCUGGUGA